UUCAACAGCGAAAAGUUGAGCAAAAGUUUUUCAUGUACCACCAAAUGCAAGAUAGAAUUAUUUUAAAAGUCUGAAAUUUAUAAUUUGGUAGAUUUUACUUUUGACAGGAUGUUGUAUUGCUGAACAUAAAAUGCUUGCUCACGACUUGGGCUUUAUUAAGGACGCUUUAGAGGAUGGGCAAAAUGAGCAUACUGACCAAACGCCACAUUCCUUGACUACUGUAAACAGUCUUGCAGACGACAAGUCCAGUACAGAUGGUGUUACACAGCUAGCGUUAAAAUCCGGUAGGGGGUUCUUCAUUAAUCCAGAGAUAGAAGAACAUGAAAUGCAUUCGCUGCCACACACAACUAAAAAUACUGACACAAAGAUGGCGUCGAUCAGUAACUCUUUGCCUACUCCGACUUCCGGUUACGGAUUUUGGUUAGGCGCCGGACACCAGCAUGGCACUGUAACGGAAGCCGUAGACGAAAAUUCCACCCCUACUUACCAUCAACCAACAGUUCAUAGCAAUACAGAAUUAGAAGAUGGUAGACUAGAGCCAGACAGCGACAAAACACAGACAACCAAAUCACCAGUUAAUCAAGGCGCGAGUGCAGCAAUGAAGGGAGUGAAGAAUGGGGCUUUAAAUUUAUAUUGUAGGCGUCUCGGGUACUUUUCUCAAGAAUGGCAAUAUGAUGAUUGUAACAGAAGUUUAAUACAAAUAUGUGAGAGAAAUCCUUUACCGGAAAUUUGAUUGAACGCCGACAUUAUGCCCAUCGUAGAGUAAAAUUAAUAGUGAGUGCACAUGUGAAAGUAAAAAAAAAAACUUUAUUUUUUUGCCAUACUUUUGUAUUCUAUUUGGCGGAUUAAUCAAUAACCUACAUGACUCGCGAAAUAUUACAUUAAUAUCCAGUAACGUUCGAUUUAUAAAAAAGUGGGACAGUCUUUUUUUACAUUUUAGGCAAUUUUGAUUUUUUUAUUACCAUUAUUUAUAAACCAUUAUUUUAUCAAAUUUUUUUAUCAAUGACUAUUAUAAUGAUAGCCAAUCAUUUGAAUUUAAUAACUUAUUAAGCUAAUCUUGAUAACGGAAAAAAAGAGAAUAAUGUCAGCAGUACUGUAUAUAACAUUACCAAUAUUACUUUGCUUAUCCACUUCUUUUGUUCUUGUUUUGCCGUAACAAUAAUAGAUUGUUUCAUCAGAUCAAAUAAAGAUAAAAGAAUACAUACGUUUGCAUUGUUCUAUUAAAUGACAGGAUUACAACAACAACAAA